AGCAAUGUCCGUCUCCAGUGGUAUUCACGCAUAUUUCCAGUUGGUAGUAAAGAAGAUAAUCCACUGCCAGCUGGCUCACAAGCCUCCCACAUCUACUAAAUAUAUUCUAGAUCUGGACUUUAUCAAGAUACGACUCUUUGACAAGGUUGUACCGAAGACUUGUCAUAACUUCAGGGAGCUGUGCACUCAUAAUCAAGGAUUUGGAUACGCAGGGUCUUCGAUAGAUCACGUGGUCAGAGGAUUUGGUCUUUAUGGAGGAGAUGUGGUAGAGAGAGUACAAGCAGACCAGCCCCACGAUGAACCAUACAAGGGUCUAGCCUGGAACGGCAAAGUGGAAUCCUUCAAGAAGCCCCAGUACCUUCAAAUGCCUAAACCUCGACUUGGAGAAUGUGGCAGAUCCGUCUAUGGAGCCAGCAUGCGGGAAAUGGUAUACGAGGAUGAAACAUACUUCCCUGACGAGAAUCACACGAUUAUACACGACCGUCCUGGUAUCAUAACGAUGGCAGGGCACGGUCCUGACACCAACUCGUCUAGAUUCCUCAUCUUAACGGCCCCGGCCCGAUGGCUGGACGGUAAACAAGUAGCGUUUGGUGAGGUGGUGGAGGGACUGGAAACUGUUCAGGAGAUAGACCAGAUUUGUGGCAGUCAGUGUGGGUACCCCAGACAUUUAGUAGAGAUUGUUCAGAGUGGGGUUGUGGAGGGGGAGGAGUCACUGCCACAAUCCCGGACUUUGGAAGAGUUAAAUUAUAGGCAACCGAUCGAUCCUCUGGCGUAUACAAAACAGCCUGUUUAUAUCGAAUGAUGAGUUAUGGCUUUUUGAGAUCAUUUUGAUAAAUUGUAUAUCGAUAAUGUCGACGUUUCUGUUUCCGGGAAAUAUUUGAAAACUGUUUUUAUGAGCCCUGUCUGGAUGAUAAUGGUGAUAGACUUAGAAGUUUUUAAGAGUUAAGUUAUUUUUGUUAAUUUAUUCAUGCAUAACACAGUUUUACAAGAGAAGCUAUUUUAAUUCCAUAAUACGGUUUUUCUAACUGCGAAGUGUGCAGAAAGUUUGAUUUUUUCAAUUGACUAUGAAAUUAAAAUUAUGACCAAUAUUGGAGAUACCGAGAGAUUUUCCGUGCUUGAGAUAAAGGAUCUCUUGAGGUAGAGCUUAAAGUCUGGUUUCUAUCUUCUCCUUACAAAUGUUACAACGAGUAUUUGACAGAUUGUAGGUGAUUGGAAAAGAAGGAGGAAAAGUAACCAGCUAUGUUGGGAAACCUGGUCCGGAAUAUUGGGAUCAGGAGCAGAGUCGGAUGCAUUUCUUUCUAUAGGAAUUUCAGUGGUACGAUCGGGUUAGGUAGUCAGAUUCCAGGACACACUCUGGAUGACAUCAUGAAAACAGAGCUCUUGAAGGAUGCCACUCCUAAAGAGAUUUCAAAGAUUUGGGCUGAUUAUCAUCAGACGAAAGAUGGUUUCGUAUCAGGUGUUAUUCCAUCCAUGCACUACGCUGAGAUACAAGCAAAAGGAAAAAUCUGUCCAAGGUUUGUGUAUGCAAUUCCCAAAGAUAGUGGUGGUUUCGAGAUGAUGUACUCUGAAAUUCACCAGCACAGAAUAUCAUUCACUAGUCUGGAAGCAUUCAAGGCACUUCAAUCCUCAGCUCCUCCUCUCCUCGAACUGUUCCACUACAUUGACUUCCAGCAGACCAAGGAGCUGGUGCUGAUGAGAGGAGCCUACAAGGAUCCCCUCACUCCAAAUGAGGCAGUAUUUCUGGUAAACCAACUACAGAUGUACUACAGAUUAGAUCCUGAACGAUUUAAGCUGGUCCAUACUUUCAACCAUAAUCCCAUGUUCUUCGAUUUCAACGAACUUCUCAAAAACGUAGAGUAUCCAGACCUUUUACCAUCCAACCAAACAAACGAAAAGUCUAAAAGUUAAUAUGAACUGUGUUUAUACAGAUUAUUUAUAUAACGCGAGGGACAGUUUCUUUUUGUAACAAACAAAGCGGCCUGAUCAUGUCUGUUUUUGGGUCAAGUAUUGAGCAACAAGGUAAAUAAUCAAAGACCACGAUUUGAAUUUAGAUUUUUACGUAUUUUAUUAACUUAUUCAUUUUUUAAAGUACAUAAAA